AUGGCUCGCACCAAGCAGACCGCUCGCAAGUCGACCGGCGGCAAGGCCCCGCGCAAGCAGCUGGCCACCAAGGCUGCCCGCAAGAGCGCGCCGGCCACGGGCGGCGUCAAGAAGCCGCACCGCUACCGGCCCGGCACGGUGGCGCUGCGCGAGAUCCGGCGCUACCAGAAGUCGACGGAGCUGCUGAUCCGCAAGCUGCCGUUCCAGCGGCUGGUGCGCGAGAUCGCGCAGGACUUCAAGACGGACCUCCGGUUCCAGAGCUCGGCGGUGAUGGCGCUGCAGGAGGCGUGCGAGGCGUACCUGGUGGGUCUGUUCGAGGACACGAACCUGUGCGCCAUCCACGCCAAGCGCAUGUCUGGUCGUGGCAAAGGCGGCAAGGGCCUGGGCAAGGGCGGCGCCAAGCGCCACCGCAAGGUGCUGCGCGACAACAUCCAGGGCAUCACCAAGCCCGCCAUCCGCCGCCUGGCGCGCCGCGGCGGCGUCAAGCGCAUCUCGGGGCUCAUCUACGAGGAGACGCGCGGCGUGCUCAAGGUCUUCCUGGAGAACGUCAUCCGCGACGCCGUCACCUACACGGAGCACGCCAAGCGCAAGACGGUCACGGCCAUGGACGUGGUCUACGCGCUCAAGCGCCAGGGACGCACGCUCUACGGCUUCGGCGGCUGAGCUGCUCCCUUCCUUCGCUGCCUUUAGAAGAUUGUUCACAAAAAGGCCCUUUUCAGGGCCGCCCACCCACUCUUGGGAGAGCUAAACAUUGUAUGAAUCCAUGUUCUUGUAUUGGCAU